UCAAGAGUUUUGUUAGUUUGGAACAUUAGACACAUGUAAAAGACCCCACCCUGUAGGUGUCUUUUACUCCAACUCUCUGAAUAGUUGUAUUUCUUCAAGUGAACUUUAGAAGGUGGUAGUUUCUGGAUGAGAUGAUCGCUGUUGCUCUCUUCCUCUUGUCUUUGGUGUCUUGCCAGCCCGGGGUGACUGCACGGGACAAGGUGAACCAGAGAGUGAGUCGAGCUGCCAUGACCCCCGCAGCGGUUUCCUGCCAGCUGAGUGACUGGUCUAAGUGGACAGACUGCUUUCCUUGCCAGGACCGAAAGUACCGAUAUCGGAGCCUCUUGCAGCCAGACAAGUUUGGGGGAGCCAUCUGCAGUGGUGAUAUGUGGGAUCAAGCCAGCUGCAACAGUCCUACACCUUGUCUAAGGCAGCCGCAGUGUGGACAAGAUUUCCAGUGUAAAGAGACAGGUCGCUGCCUGAAACACUACCUUGUGUGUAAUGGACACAGUGACUGUCUCGACGGCUCUGAUGAGGACGACUGUGAGGAUAUCAGGGCCCCUGAAGAUGACUGCAGCCAGUAUGACCCGAUUCCAGGAUCGGAGAGGGCGGCCUUGGGGUACAAUAUCCUGACCCAGAGAGAAGCUCAGAGCGUGUAUGAUGCCAGAUAUUACGGAGGCCAGUGUGAGACAGUGUACAACGGUGAGUGGAGGGAGCUCCGCUACGACCCGGUCUGCGAGCGCCUCUACUACGGAGAUGACGAGAAGUACUUCCGGAAGCCCUACAACUUCCUGAAGUACCACUUUGAAGCCUUGGCAGAUUCUGGAAUGACCUCAGAGAUGUAUGACGAUGCAAAUGACCUUCUUUCUAAAGUGAAAAAUGACAGAUUUCAGUCAAAUGGAAUAACCAUUGGCAUAGGCCCAACAAAAGGUCCUUUCAGUGUAAAUGUGGGGGUAGCGUGGUCGGACGAGUCUUCAUUCUUGAAUAAGUUAAGCAAGUAUAAUGAGAAGAGAUUCAGCUUUAUGAGAAUUUUCACCAAGGUGCAGACCGCCCACUUUAAGAUGAGGAGGCACAAGAUCAUGCUGGAUGAAGGGAUGCUGCAGUCGCUGAUGGAGCUUCCAGAGCAGUAUGAGUACAGCAUGUACUCCAAGUUCAUUGAGGACUAUGGCACCCAUUACAUCACAUCUGGAUCCAUGGGUGGCACUUAUGAAUACAUCCUGGUGCUUGACAGAGCCAAAAUGGAAUCUCUUGGUGUUACCAGCGAAGAUACUAAGAAAUGCCUUGGAGGUGCUCUGGGCUUUGAGUUUGGUGAUAACAAAAAAAUUGAAGGACGUCUAUCAGGAGAAUUUUGUAAAAACUCUGGACCUGGUAAAAUGGGAGAAGAAGCAAAGAAUGCCAUGGGUGUGGAAGACGUCAUCGUUCGAGUGCGAGGUGGCAGUUCUGGUGUUGCUGAGGGCUUGACACAAAACAGCAGCACCAAUGCGUACCGCUCCUGGGGGAGAUCAUUAAAGUAUAAUCCUGUUGUCAUCGAUUUUGAGGUGCAGCCCAUCCAUGAGGUGCUGCUGCAUACUGACUUGGGGUCUCUAGAGACCAAACGCUGGAACCUGCGUCGGGCCUUGGACCAGUACCUGAUAGAAUUCAACCCCUGCCGCUGUGGACCCUGCUUCAACAAUGGAGUGCCCAUCUUGGAGGGCACCAGCUGCCGGUGCCAGUGUGGCCAAGGUCGCCAGGGCCCUGCCUGUGAGCGGAUGGAGAAAGAGGGAGCCAAAGGAGAUGGUCGCUGGAGCUGCUGGAGCUCCUGGUCUGCGUGCAGAGCGGGCACCCAGGAAAGGAAGAGAGAGUGCAACAACCCUGCACCCCAGAAUGGAGGUGCCUGGUGCCCAGGACAGAGAGUGCAGACCCAGGCCUGCUGAGCACCUCAGGCUCCAGCAGGGGGCGGUGCUGUGGAUGCAGGCAUCUUCAACUGGGGGAAGGGCAAAUCAACACAGACUGUUUUCUCUGUCCAUUCACAGGACAGUGCCCAUUGCCCAGUUCCAAAGCUGCUCCCCUGCUUUAGGGGUUUUUUUAUCAUAGCACCCCCACUUCUUAGGAUCUCUUUUCUGUGCUAGUCUAUUUAGGCUCCUGUAACAAGAAAUCAGGUGGCUUACAAACUGAAAUUUGUUACCCACAGUUCUGGAGUCCAGGAUCAAGCGGCCAGCAGAGCCAGUGCCUGCGAAGGCCCCUUUCUGGUUUAACACAGUUGUCUUUUUGCUGUGUUCUCAUGUAAAGGAAGGAGCCAGGAGGGCUCUGAGGCAGUGAUGGUGAACCUUUUAGAGCUUUCCAUGCUGAUAAACAGCAGGUUGUGGCAUGAGGUUUGUCACCACUGCUUUAGGGGCUCCUCCUUUAAGUCACCUAAUUGCCUCCUGAAGUCCAGCCUGUUCAUACCAGCAACUUGAGAUUAGGGUUUCUAUGUAUGAAUUUGGUGAGCUACAAAUAUUCAGACCACAGCAGAGAGGCAGUCCCAUAUGGCCUGUAAGUAUUUGUGACAUGUCCUUGCCCAAGAGAAGGUGAUAUUGAGGGCAGGAAUCAGAUUUGUUUGGCUGUUCAUGUGUUCAUUCGUUCGUUUGUUUUUCCAGCAUGGUGUCCUCAGCACUGUGCUUUGCAUCUUUGUAGAAUCUUUGGUUGGACAAGAGAAGGGACUCAAGAGUCAUUUCACAAAUGAGCUCUGUACUGGUCAGUGUCCC